AUGUCGAUCGAGCUGGACUCGUUUGUUUUAGCGGGGCAAGAGUCAGACUUGGACUCCGAAUUCCAGCUAGAGUUGGAGCCAGAGACAAACAUGGACGCGGAUAAAGAAGUCAGGCAGCGGCUGCUGGACGGCCGAGAGUCUUCCUCCUACACAGAUCUGUCCUACAGUCGAGCCAGCAAAGAUACUUCGCUCUUGGUGCUUGAGCUGGAUGAUGAUGUCCCUAGCCAGCAGAAUCCGUUUCUUGAUCCUGAGGUCGCCGAGCGGUAUGCGCAGAUCUAUGAGGAUGCCGAGUAUGAAUGUCGACAUGCGUUUGAUCCCAAGUUGACGUGGACGCGGGAAGAGGAGAAGGCUAUUGUUCGCAAGAUCGAUUGGCAUGUUUGUUUAUGGGCGUGUGUCAUGUUCUUUGGCCUCCAGGUCGACCGGGGAAACCUCAUCCAGGCGGUUUCUGAUAACAUGCUGGACGACCUGGGCCUGUCUACGAACGAUUACAACACCGGCAACAUCAUCUUCUACAUCUCGUUCCUCAUGUCGGAAUUACCCUCGCAGCUCGUCUCCAAGGCAGUCGGGCCUGACCGCUGGAUCCCAAUCCAGAUCUCCCUUUGGUCAAUCGUGGCAACCAGCCAGUCUGCUUUGCAGGGGCGACGCUCGUUCUUCUUGACAAGAUCCCUUCUCGGCAUCCUCGAGGGUGGAUUCAUCCCUGAUAUCGUGCUGUGGCUUUCGUACUUUUACACCAGCCGCGAGCUGCCUACUCGGCUAAGCCUCUUCUGGACAACCCUCUCCGUGACAGAGAUAUUCGGCUCGUUCCUCGCAUUCGGCGUCCUGCACAUGCGCGGCGUCCUCGGCUGGGGCGGAUGGCGAUGGCUCUUUCUCAUCGAGGGUUCUCUCACGCUACUCAUCGGCCUGGCCUCGUUCUUCAAAAUGCCAGCUUCUGCCGUGGAGACAAAGACCUGGUUCCGUCCAAAGGGCUGGUUCUCGGAUCGCGAGGUGGGAAUCGUCGUUAAUCGUGUUCUUCGCGAUGAUCCGUCGAAAGGCGACAUGCACAAUCGCCAAGCGAUCACCCUCUCCCGACUCUGGAGCGCACUGAGCGACUACGACCUGUGGCCAAUCUACCUCCUCGGCCUGUUGGUCUACACACCCAUGGUCCCCAUCAGAACAUACAUAACCCUAACGCUGAAAGGCGUGGGCUUUGACACGUUCGUCACAAACCUCCUCAUAAUUCCCUACAACAUAACCCACAUCCUCAUGCUCAACGGACUCACGCACCUAAGUGAGCGGCUGAACGAGCGCUCUCUCGUCUCAAUGAUACAACCGCUCUGGGUGCUCCCCUGUAUCCUCACGCUGCGCUUCUGGUCCGGGGCUAUGGUCGAUGCGUGGGGCACGUACAGUAUCAUGACGGUGCUGCUGUCGUACCCGUACGCCCAUGCGAUCUUGGUCGGGUGGACGUCGAAGAAUUCGAAUAAUGUGGGAACCAGGACAGUUUCGGCGGCGGUUUAUAAUAUGAGCGUCCAAAUGGGUAACGUCAUCGGCAACAACGUCUUUCGCGCGGAUGAUGCGCCACGGUAUACGCGCGGCUAUUCAGUACUGCUGGGUCUGAAUCUUCUGGGUAUUGCGCUGUUCCUCGGGACCAAAGUGUACUAUAUCAAGCGGAACCAGUAUCGGGAUAGGGUCUGGGCGGGGAUGACGGAUGAGCAACGAGAGGAUUAUAUCAAGAAUAGCCCUGAUACAGGGAGCAAGAGGCUGGAUUUCCGGUUUGCGCAUUGA